AUGGUUAAAAAGGGUUUGAAAAAAAGUAAUUCGGAUCACAAGCCUUCGGUGGAGGUUAUCUCAGAGGAUGAGUGGAUGGCUAGAACGCUAAAAUAUGUACAGCGCUUGCAGGAUCUGCAUACGAGUUCGAAUUUAGUAAAAGAAUCAAAAGAGGAGUGCAAGGAACUACUUUUCCAGCAAUUGAUGGCCCAAAAAUGGAAAACCUAUGUGUCCUGUGAUGGCUUGCCCGACGCCGAGCAACCCUCGGAUAUUCGGAGUUUUCUUUUCCAGCUGCGUACAGAGGAGAAGAUAGACAGGAAAGACGACAUUAACUGGGUCCUGUCCGUAGAUGAGCGCAGUAUUUUGUCCCAAUCUCCUGAACGCCAGGACUUCACCCGCCAGACCCUCUUAGAAACUACCCGGCCGGAAAUAGGAAAGUUUUAUGACAACACCAUACUGCGACUUCUGGAGACUCUCAAACGCGUCCAACAGACUCUUCGUGAAGAGGCUACCAUCUUGGGUAUGCCUGUCAGUCGGGUUUUUGAAAUGACCAAGAUGCCCACCGAGCUGUAUGCGGAAAUAGUAACAUUCUUCGACAAACUAUCCUACAGGGUCAUUUGUUCACCUGAAGCCUAUAUGACAACCAAAGGCUGUAUGCUCGCUGAUUACUGCUACAAAGCCACGAACUUUAACUUCCAAUUGUGGGGCCUGCAGGACGUGCCUGUACGUUUUAAUUAUAUGACGCUGCCCUUAUUACACGCCGAUUUAAACUGCGUGGGAGUAACUGUGCAGCUGCCACUGAGCGUUCUCCACGACAAUCUGACCCUUAGGUGUAUUCACUUCUUUUUCGACCCGUACUCCCAUUUGACCAAGAGCUACGUGCUUCCCGGCGACCAUACCCGUACCCCCCUUUGUGGAAUUAUUGAAAUCGAGGACAGCGCUGUCACCGAAUGGGCGGCCCAGGUGGACAUUCAGGAGGAAAUUAUGAUGAAAAUGGCCACCCAAAUGAAUAUCUAUCAAGAGGCUAUAGAAAAUAUUGAACCCGAUAAGCCGACAAAGGGUGCUGAUAAUAGGAAAGUUAAAGAGAAAACUCCAAAACCCAGUUCCAAGUUGCCAAAAAAGCCCCAGGAAUUACCAAACGGCAUGGUCCCCGAUCCCUAUAAGAUUUUUCUAGAAAAAGAACGACAGGAGUGCGAUGAAUUUGUUAGUGAAACAUUUCAUCCAGACAACAUUAACCUGUUGCCAUUCGAAGUGAAUCUCCGUCGCUAUAUAAUGAUGGGAGGUAUUUUCUCUAUGAUCUUCCUUCGCAAACCCAAGCACACCGCCUUUCAGAAAUUCAAUAUUACGAUGCACGAGGAUAAUCGGACUUUGCAUUUCGAACAGCUGCAUGCUGACAUUGGUUUGGACGAUGAGUCUUCUCGAGAUGAUUCGAAACGCAACCUUGAUUUUUCAAUGAUUCCGGAGCCCAACCUCCAUCUGAACAAUGAGGACUUACCCUACUAUAUCCUAACCUUCAAGAUGCCCCUACAUCUAUGUCGGUGGGGCGAACCGAUGGUCUGCCAAUUCAUUGAAGAGGAGAUAGGUGGGCCUGUGGAUGAAUUAGAGGAACCCACUGAGGAUAUUGAGAAAAAGCAUAAGAAGAAAGCACAGAAAAAAACACGAAAAACCAUUGAUGAUUUGAAGUCUGAAAAAAGGGCCACAAAGACAAAGAGCAUAUCGGGGAGCGUAACCUCGACACAGCCGUCUCCUCGACUUAAAUCCGUAAAUCGGCUGACAGUUAGGGAGAACUCCUUGAAUAUCUACCGUCCCUCGGCUUUAGAUAUGCUCCGUCGUAGUACUAGCUUUCCAAUUGUGCCCGCCGAUUUCGUAAAAAACUUCUACCUAAAACAGGAAUGUCUAAAAAAAAAGGAAAUACAGAUAUUGCAGCGAUACUGCAUGCCGCUACUUUUAUCCUCGUUUAAGUUUCCGCAGGAGUUUCGUGACGAGGCAUUGGCAGACGAGCAAGCUAAGAAGCCAGUUGGUCCAAUGUACCGUCGUCGCCUCAUAGAAGACGAUACGGAAAAGAAAGCCGCUGCCAACGUUUACACAUUCAAUUACGAGGAUCAGGCCGAACCAGAGCGAUUGUAUCCUUUUUUCCGUCGAACGGCUGACAUUAUUAUGGAAGACACUGAGUUGAAACCAAUAGACUCGCAGCUCAAUCAAGGUGAUGAUAUCACACUAUAUCAGCUGAUGAAUACCCUAGAGAAAAUAAAGGAUAACUAUGAAGAUAGUCCCAAAAAGAUAGCCAAUCAGACGCCACCACUAGGGGUGAAGAUACCCCGGAGACACUAUUCAGAAACUCCAGUGGUUUCAAGUCGAACUUUGCGCGCCGCUUCAACAACUCGCAGGAAUACGAGUCUUGCCUUGGCAUUUAAGGGAGACGCUACCAGUACCACCACUAUGGGCGUGGAAUCGGAAAAGGAUAUGGAAAUGGAUUUGGAUUUUGAUUUAGCCACCGGCGAAGGGACAGCGCGCAAGAGCCGUAUUCCCCUUUUAACACCGUCCGCCCCUCCGAUUUUUAAGAAACGUGACGAAGUGAUGAAGGUCCGACACUGGACAACAGAGUAUAUUCUGGAGUCUAACUUUGACCAGGAACAUAAAAUCUUGACCGUUAAAACCGAUCGCUUGGGAGACUUUGGAUUUGCCUAUCCGAGAUAUAUCCAUUUCCCCUUUCGGGAUUGGGAACUGGAACAGAGUGAUUCAAAUCCUGAUGAAGUUAUCUUUACCCUGGAUAGCCAGUUCGUACGCGUAGUCUUCUUCAUCAGCAAUAAAGGCAUUCGAGGAUACGUGAUAGAUAUUCCAAAGGAGUACAUAGCUAAGCCCUUUAGGUAUUUGGAUAUCGCGGAACCGAUUGUGGAUUUCGUCGAGUUGCGCAAGCGCUUCCAGGACAUGAACCUGAACGUGUUUGCGGAACUCGACGCUAGUUGCUACAUCGACCAGGGCUACUUCUCCAUAAAGCACUUGGCGGCGGAGUUGCACGUCUACGAUAUCAUGUCCAUUCACUGCAAGCUGAUGAAGUUCUACCGCUCCGACUGGAACCGUCUGGCCACUAACCGCGACCUCGUCCUUCGGAUGCGCAAUCUGAAGGACAUGCAUGACGGGUCUGAGGUCACGGCCAGGGUCACUCCCGAGUCAGCAACCUUUGUGGAGGUAUCGGAAGUCUGCACUGACAACGUCGAAAUCAUAAAGUUGCAUUAUCAACCUACAUGGCGUAAUAUUGGGAGCUAUACGGACCUGCACCAAAUGAUUAACUCCAUGUAUCCGCAUGCUACGGAUAUGCGAAAUCGAGAUUCCAAGCAGAUGUUCUAUUUGCAUCAACUCCUGCGCGAAAUUCGACCUCUGAGCUUCUCCUAGUCUGCGGACGCCGCUAAAUUAACUCCACAACAAAAUAAUAAACCUACACACACAAAUGUAUACAUCUAAAUUACUUGCAAUUAAACUCAAUUGCCAUCCGACUCU